AUGUCGUGGUGCCAGUCAUCCUCAGUGUCGGGUUCUUUUGUUUUCGAAAAGAUAAUGGGCUUAUGUAAAUGUCCGAAGAAAAAAGUAACGAAUUUAUUUUGUUUUGAGCAUCGUGUUAAUGUAUGUGAGUAUUGCCUUGUCGAAAUUCAUUCGCAGUGUGUCGUACAGAGUUAUCUUUCAUGGCUAAAAGACAGUGAUUAUGAUGCGAACUAUUUGUUUCACUGGGAUUGUUUGGAUUUAUGGGCUCAUAAUUUUCCUGCAAAUACUGCUCCUGCGGGUUAUCAGUGUCACAUUUGUCACACCGCUGUUUUUCCUGCGCCAAAUCAAAUUUCACCAACGAUUGAACGUUUGAGAUUGAUGCUUCAAAAAGCAAAUUGGGCUCGUGCUGGUCUUGGACUACCAUUAUUACCUGAACUUGACAAUCUGCCUACAACUAAGGAAGUUUGUCAGUCAGAUUCAAAUUAUCAGCCAGCAGUACACCAACCAGAUGGUGGAUUAACAAGCAUACGAUGCUCUACUCCAGCUAUAGCCGUAGAAGUCGAACCCAUUUACCCUGGAAACGAUACUAAACAUCAUUUUACUGCGAGAAAAAGUACCAACUUUGGCGAGGAUGUUGUUAGUUUUGAUACGAGUCCAUUAGUUGGUCGUCCGCGCAUUAUAGAUGAAGAUUUACCUGAAAAUAAAUAUAAAAGACGACCUGCUGGUGAAUGGCUAAGUAGAUGGUUAAGAUCACGAUACUCGAGUCAUUUCUCCUUUGAUUCUCGUGCCAAGUGCAAAAGAAUGUUAUUUAUGUCCGUUAUUGGUAUUAUUGUUCUUAUGACAGCAUUUACUGUUUUGGGGCGAGUAUUUGAACAGCCAUCUGAUAAUGAUCCAGCUUUUAACCCUCGAGCAAAUCCAAACAUUCGAAUUGCUGCUGUUCCCGAUAUUCGGUUAAAUUAG